AUGGUUUUCACUACUACAUUCAUUAAAUCAAAACCUUUAAAAUGGAGAGAAAAGAUGGGAAUAUUUUUUCUGUAUUUAAUAGUACAAAUAAAAGACAAAACUAAUACUUAUCAGUGUAUUAUGGGAAAUGAUUGUGUUUCUAUCAAUGGGAAAUCUGUAAACUAUAGUCCACAGAACACAUCAACUUCACUAUCUAGUACAAAUGGAACAUUAAAUAAAGCUCAAUCCAAAGACAGUAUUACUGCUUAUUCAAAUUGUCUUCCUAUGUCUAAUUCAGAUCAAAACGAUGAUCAAUUUUUAUAUAAUCAAAUUCAAGAUGAUAUCCUCAUUAAAAUAUUGAAUAAAAUACAACAGUUAACGGCUAAACUUGAUGCUGAUGCUAAUCCACCAGAGGUAAUCCAAAAUUGUCGUGCAAUUCAAGCCUGUUUAGAUACAAUUAAUGCAAUAAAAAGAGUAAAAUCAAAUCGAUCCGAUGAUGAGUGUAGUAGAUCAGAAGUAUCAUUAGCCUCAUACAAUUCACAUUUUACACAUCAUUUGAAUUCACUAAGUACUAAUUAUUCUAUACAACAGCACAAUGGAUUCUCAUCAUCAUCAUUAUCAGCACCACCACCACCACAACAACAACAGCCCAGUGUUAUUCAACCUUUAUAAAAAAUUUAUUUUUCUAUUUAUACUACGGUUUUCGUUAGUAGCAGUAUUUGUAUCAUUAAUUUUAUUUCCCAAAAAUACCAUGUACGUUCGGUUUUUAAAAUAAUAAUAAUAAUAAUAUUUACGGAUUCUGAUUAUUUUCAUGGAUUUUGUUUUACUUGCUAUGUGUGUAAUCUUAAGUAUGUAGAGCCGUUAUUGAUGUUUACACAAAUAAGCAAGCACUAUUCAGUUUUCUUUUCAUUAUUCCAUAUUACCAUUUCGUAUUUAAAUGCUGCAUUAAACAAAAAAAUUAAAUAGAAUUCUAUGAAACAAUGCUCUCAAUAUCAUACAUACAUAUAUAUAUUAAUGGAAACCGGUGAAGUUUUAAAUUGUAUGAAGUUAACAGUAUUUCUCUCUAAUCCCUUUAUAACGUGUGAAUUAUAGUCGACAAAUGGUGUUGUUAUCUUUGUUUGUCUAAUGACAAAAAGUGAUUUUCAUGCUUAGUUUUGUUUCUUGCUUAGUAAUAAUACAAUGCGUAUCAUUUUAUUUUUUAUAGUUUUUUUAAAUGAAUUUAUAUUUUUCUUCGUAUUGUUUUGAUAUUUACAUUUUGAUUAGUAUUUUCUGUGAAUUUUAAUCUUUUCAUAAUAAACCAGUAUACAUCUAUACUUACAUAUACAUAUAUUGGCUUAAUUAUUUUUCCCUCCUCACAUUUCGAGUAGAAUAUGUAUGAAUGGUU